AUGGGUAAGAAGCACGAAAAGAAGACGGCCAAGGGGUAAGUAGUGCGGCUCAAGAGCUGACAGCAAGCAGCCGAAGUGAUUCACUUCUGCAAGGUGACUAACGCCGCCUGCCCGAUUUGUAGUCGUCUGGACAAGUUCUAUUGGCUUGCCAAAGAGCAAGGUUUCCGAUCUCGAGCUGCGUUCAAGCUGGUACAACUGAACAAGAAGUUCAACUUUUUGGAGGGAGCCCGAUGCUGCAUCGAUCUUUGUGCUGCACCUGGUGGUUGGCUGCAAGUGGCGAGCAAGUAUAUGCCACCCAACAGCUUGAUCGUCGGUGUGGACUUGGUACCGAUCAAGCCAAUUCCUAGAUGCGUCACUUUUGCCGAGGAUAUCAACAGCUUCAGAUGCCGGGAUCAGCUGCGGAACGAGCUGAAGGACUGGAAAGCUGAUAUGUAAGUCUCAGAUGCAUCAGCACACGUAGAAAGCUGUCUUUGGAGGACAACGCUGACGCUCAUCCCACGUUUCGAUAGCGUUUUGCAUGAUGGUGCUCCAAAUGUUGGUACAGCUUGGGUGCAAGAUGCAUAUCAGCAAGCCGAGCUCGUGCUUGCCUCAUUGCGUCUUGCAGUCGAAUUCCUCGCUCCUGGUGGAUCGUUCGUGACCAAGGUCUUCCGAUCCAAAGAUUACAACAAUCUUCUCUGGGUCUUCAAUCAGCUGUUUGGCUCAGUGGAAGCAACCAAGCCGCCCUCUAGUCGAAACGUAUCUGCUGAAAUUUUCGUGGUAUGCACGGAGUACAAGGCUCCCAAGAGGGUCGAUCCCCGCUUCCUGGAUCCGAAACAUGUCUUCAAAGAUUUGGAUCCGGCCGCUUUGAGGGAUGUCGACGCUGUAGCAGCUGCUCAAGACGGACAAGCCGAAGGUUCCACACCCUUCCUGCCGCUCAAAGGGGAAAAGGGUGCCAGCGCGCAGAUCAACGUGCUUCAGCCCGAGAAACAGAGGAGGAAGAGGGAAGGAUAUGAGGACGGCGUGCAUAUUCUGUACUCCGCUCUCCCGGCCCGGAAGUGGGUGGAAGGACCUCACGCAAUUGAUGGGCUUGGCGCAAACAAUGAGAUCACCUUUAAGGACGCCGCAGAUAAGGAGUAAGUCGCCCCGCUGUCCAUGAUGCAAUCGACGCAAAUUUCUCUUGCUGAUUCAAUGCAUCUGCAAUAAUAUCAGACUGUUGGCACACGAGAAGACCACAGAGGACAUCAAAGCAUGCUGUGCAGAUCUCAAGGUGCUCGGCAAAGGCGACUUUAGGAAUCUGCUCAGGUGGCGCAUCGCCAUGCGUGAGCAUUUGGGUCUGGAAGCACCCGUCAAGAAACCCGGAGAAAGCACAGUCGAGGUGGUUGAAGGGGAGUCGAAGGAGUCUGUGGACUCAGAUCAAGAGAUCGGGGAAGAAUUAGAGAGGCUCAAUGAAGAGCGCAACAAAGCUUUGAGGAAGGAGAGAAGGAAGCGGAAUGAAGCUAGAGCGAGAAAAGUCCUCAAGAUGCAGCUUCACAUGAACACUCCUAUGGACAUUGGUCAGGAGAUCACUGAUGAGACCUUGCAGGGAGGCACAGAGGAUGUCUUUGACCUGACUCACAGAAGGCAAUCCCUCGCUUCUGACGACAGCUCUGAAGGGGAAUCCCAGUCGGAAGAGGAUGACGAGUCCGAAAAUGAGCUGGAAAGACUGGACAGGCUGCAGGGAGGACUGGAUGCCGCGUAUGAUGCGUACAAGGAGAGGGUGGCGGAACGGGACGCGAAGUGGAGAGCACGCGAAGCGCGGAAAGCCAAUCAAAAUAGAGAGGAGUGGAGUGGGUUCAGCGAGCCUGCGCAGGAAGGGCAAGCCGAUGACAGCGAAGAAGAAGAGAGCGAGGGCGGCUAUGACUUGGUCACGAGGCGCAAAUUGAAGGAAGAAACUUACAACACCGACGAUGAGGAGUCUGAUCUUGAAGAUUUGGAGCACCGCAAGGCAGUGCUUGCAGCCUCAAAUGGAAGUCGAGAGCCCAACAAUGCUUUGAAAAGGAAAGCCAAGGCGCAGGAGCAAGACUCGGAUGAUGAGGAAAUUGAGACUGGCAACCUAAUUACAACCUUGGAAAAAGGGACGGACCGACAGGCAAGGCAAAGCAGACAGGCCGCCAUAUGGUUCGACAAUCCUCUGUUCAAAGGAGUCAAUGGUCUGGACUUUGGAGCCGGCGAUGACAAUAAUGAUGACGAGGAUGAAGAGGAGGAGGAGGGCAGCACGCAAGAAGGAGAUGAUAGCAGCGAAGAAGAAGACGAGGGUGGUGAUGGAGAUGAAGAGAUGGAUUCUGAUGUCGAAGUAGUGCCUCGCAACGUGGCCGACGAAGACAUGGACGACUUCGAAGGAGAAUGGCGUCAUGGCGAUGAGGAUCAAGAUGAAGUGAAGCGAAAGCUGAUCGAACGUGAGUGCAAGGCAGCGGGUUGGUCAGAGAGACAGAGGCAGGUAGCAGAGCCGACAGCUGACUGGACGCGUUUGAUUGCACACACAGGGAAAGGCCUGACCACCGCCGAGGCCAUGACGCUGGCUCAGCAGUUGGUGAAUCGUGAAAAGACCAAGUCGGAUUUGAUAGACAUGGGCUUCUCCAAGCACAAUUUUGCCGAGAAGACUGCAGAUCUGCCAGCGUGGUUCUUGGAGGAUGAAGGAAAGCACUACAAGGCCAACGUGCCAAUCACCAAGGAAGCCAUGGCCGCUCUGCGGGCUCGUCAACGAGCGCUAGAUGCCCGACCAAUCAAGAAGAUUGCGGAAGCGAAAGCGCGCAAAAAGUUCAAGGCUGCCCAAAGGCUGGAGAAGGCGAGGAAGAAGGCCGACAACUUGAACGAUACCGUCGACGUUUCUGAACGAGAGAAGGCCAAGGACAUUGAAAAGGUGCUCAGCAAGGCUAAUAAACCUACAAAGAAAAGACAAAUCACCACCGUCGUUGCCAGAGGUCCGAAUAGGGGUCUCAAAGGCCGACCCAAAGGCGUCAAGGGCCGUUACAGAUUGGUCGAUAGGAGGCAAAAGAAAGAAAUGCGAGCGCAGAGUGAGUUCAAAGAGUGCCAUCUUGCCCGAUGCGUUGUUUGUGGCAAUACGGUGCAUCGCAUCCUCGACUGAACAUCGCGCCUUGUCUUCAUAUCACAGAACGCCGAGACAAGAAAGCUGGCAAGAAGACGGUCAGCUCCACUUCGCAGAAGAAACGCGUGCCCAACGGUUAUGGGGGGCGUUGA